AGCUACGGUCACACUGUGAAAGCGGGCAUUGUUUAAAUGGACAGGUGUGGCGUCGUUUUUUGUUUCAGUUUUUUCUAACAGAAUUUUAGUUGGAAGAUGUUUACGCCCAGGCAGAAAGGAUUCGGGAAUGGCUUCAUCCCUUCGCCCCAAACACCUCUGAGUUUCAGCCGGGAGCUGCGGCAAGUGCUGCAGGAGAGGAAUCUCCUGACCGCCAAGUCGCGCAGGAAAGUUUGCUCCAUGCUGGACAGCAACAGCAGCAGUCCCAUUGGAUCACCCAAUCCCGAGUCCGGAAAACGAUUGGGAUUCCGGCGGCAAGCCAUCCAGGAGAUAAUCUCUUCGGAAAAGUCAUAUUUGGAUCAGUUGGAGCUGCUGAUGAACUUCUUUGUGCGUCCCCUAAAGGAACAGGCCAUCAUCGAUUGCUCCAAUCACACGCUGCUUUUCGGCCAGAUCGAGAUGAUCCACAAUUUGAAUGGGGAAUUCCUGCGGGAACUGGAGGCGAACAUGGAAAAUGUGGCGCAUGCCUUCCUCAAGAUGGCUCCCUUCUUUAAGCUGUACUCGGUGUAUGCCUUCGACUAUCGCGGAGCCCUGUUCAUCAUUCAGGAUUUGAUCAGCAAGAAUCCGGUGUUCAGAAAGUUUCUGGAGCAGACCGAGAGUCGUCCGGAGGUGCAGCGUAAGCUGAACUCACUGAUGAUCGUGCCCAUUCAGCGGGUUCCCAGGUAUAAGCUACUCUUGGAGCAAGUACUACUCUACACAAGUCCCGCAGAUGCAGAUUACAAGUUACUGAAGGAGUCCGUCAAGGAGAUCGAGGCCACUGCCAGUCACAUAAACACCUGUGUGGAGGAGCAGGAAAUUACCCAGUAUCUGAUCCACUUGCAAAAUUCACUGGUAAAUCGUACUCCAAACAUUGUGAAGCCUUCGCGACGGGUCAUCAAGGAGGGCAUUCUCCAGAAGAUCACCCACAAGGGCACGGAAAUCAAGCGCUACUGCGUGCUCAUGUCGGACAUAUUCAUGUACUGCAAGAUGGUCAAGGAACGGGCGCCCAAUACCGUGGUGGAAAACUCUUUGGAGUGCUGCUGUAUUUUCCCUUUGAAGAAAUGCAAAGUGUACGAAAUGCUGCCGGGCAACUUUAAGCUCACUUGCCAGAGCGAUGGUAUCAUCUUUGGCAGCGGCGAUGUGCAACUAUCGCGCACUUGGGUGGGCUUCAUCCGCGAUGCCAUAGAUCUGCACGUACAGUGCCGCAAAACUCUGCGAAAGGAUUCGAGCAAGAGGACGCCCAUACGCAAAAAGGAUAUGAAAAAGUUCGGAGCCGAUUAUGUACUGAGUCCCAACAAGCGCAAAAGCGACUAUGAGACUGUUUUUCGCAACAAGAAUCGCAGCACAGAUUCGGAGGAGGAGAACGAGGAAAGUGCCUGCUUUCCGCGCAAGCGAAAGGUACCCAGUGGUGUCUUAAAAACUACAAAUUCAAAUCUUCGGGGAAUGGCAUCCUCCUCAAUGUCGAUGAAACCACCAGCUCCACCACCUCCUCCUCCCUUUUCUCUUCCUUCGAACGCAGUGCAAAUGCGCCAUCAGUCGGUUAGACCAGGAGAGUCGGGCUGCAAGGAGAAUCGCAUCUCCAAAUUGUACAAAAGGAUUGCCACCGGUGACAAGGUGGCCAAUGUACGGGGCAUCCUCAAGCGUAGCGAUGUGCCGGUGCCCAGCAAUGACCACGAUCCCAGUUAUGGGUUCGCCAGUCGCUACUCGGACUCCAAGUCUUAUUUUAGAGCUCACAACGUGGACAACACCAUUCCCACGUUUGUGAAGCGCGAGGAUCUGUUCAACGGGGAGAACAUGUUUCCCGUACAUUUGAGGAGCCAGGAGGAAAUAUGCUCACCGCCGCAAAAGAAGCGAGUCAAGUUCGACGACACCUUGGAUGCAGUGUCUCCGGUCCUGGACCAGAAACCCUUUGCAUUCUCAAACGAUGCGGUUGUCACACAAAAACCCGUUUCAUUACGUGAGCGAAUUUAUGAUUUCUUUGCCAAUCUAUUCUAGAACUAGAUGACUUCAAACUUAAUCAUAUAUACAUUUAUUUAUCGAUCACCACAUUAAUAUCAAUAAAAUCAUUUACAAUUCGAAUUA